AUGGAAUUGACAAGAAUCGGUUUUACUGUUACUUAUGUCAUUCUCCUUUGUGCUCUGGCUCAUGGGGGCUCAGAGGGGAAAGAAGAUGAGCUAUGUACAGAUGGUGCUGUUUCCUCACCUUUCCUCAACCUUCAUCGAAAACAGGCGGAGAAUGUGCGGAAACAUUCCAGGAAAGAAUUGACAGAGAAGAGCAAUGAUGUUGAAGACAUCAACUUGCAUCCGUUGGAAGGAAGCAGUGACAUGAAAUCUAUUCUUCCAAUAGAAAACAACAUUCACAAAACAACCAAAUCAUUACCUCCCCAUAAGAACAAAAAAGUAUUGGACUGCAUAAAAACAAGUGCUACUCCUCCGGCACCUAUUUCCGGAAAGAAAUUGUCUUCGAGAUUCUUGCUAACAAAACAUUCUAGAUCAACCUUGGCUUUAAAAAACAAUCAUUAUUAUCAUCGUCGUCAUCGAACAAAUUUAAUCGCUGAAACACCACUUUAUCAUAUAUCACCAUUGUCACCAUUGUCACCAAGGUCUAGUGCUAAUAGUCCAUCCCCCGGGCAUUCAUUGGUAGCACCAAUUCGUGUUUCAACACCAACAAUUUCUUCAACACCAUCACCUACUCCUGUUCCUGUUCCUGUUCCUAGUACACCAUCACCUACUCCUGUUCAUGUUCCUAGUACACCAUCACCUACUCCUGUUCCUGUUCCUAGUACACCAUCACCUACUCCUGUUCAUGUUCCUAGUACACCAUCACCUACUCCUGUUCCUGUUCCUAGUACACCAUCACCUGUUCCUGUUCCUGUUCCUGUUCCUAGUACACCAUCACCUACUCCUGUUCCUGUUCCUAGUACGGGAAUCAUGUACUUACCACUCCCUCCAGGUAUUUUUGCACAGACUCCACCGCCUCCACGAAAAUCUGCUCCUCCAUCUCAUAUAACAAGUGUUCCGAUAACUUCGCCGCCUUCACUAAACCAAGAUGAGAAAAAGAAGAAAGCAAUUAUUUUAGCUGCAUCUGUAUCAGGAAUCAUAGUCUUGAUAGGAUUGUCGCUUUGCUAUCGUGAGGCCAAAACCGGUAAAGUGGAGAGAGAUGAGAGCCAUUUGCUCAUAUUAACCUCAAAUGAUUACUCUGGAGGUCCACCGAAGAUUGUCCGUUUAGGAGAUACUAAUACAGAAGAAUCGGGAUCUGGUGUUGUUAUAAACAAAGGAAAGAAUUCGUCUAGUGGAAGAAAUUGGUCCAUGAAGGCUGGAGAUAAUAACAAUAUCACAGUAGCUGAAACAUCGACAUCAGAAGAUAUCGGACUAGUAACAGCAAGUUCUUCUGGAAUAUCAGCCCCUCCGCCUCCUGGCCCACCACCACCUCCUCCUCCACGGCCACCUGCUCUUGCAUUUCGUCCUCCACCACCUCCAAAAUCCAGCCAUCCACCACCUGCUCCUCCUCCCAAACCAAUGGCUGGUAAAAACAAAGCUGUACCUCUUGGACCCCUAAAACAAGGAAGUUCUAGUGAUGGUGAUGCUCCAAAGCCUAAACUAAAGCCGUUCUUUUGGGACAAGGUUAAUGCAAAACCUGAUCAAUCAAUGGUGUGGCAUGAGAUCAAUGCAGGGUCAUUUGUGUUCAAUGAAGAAAUGAUGGAGUCUUUAUUUGGUUGCGCCAACCAGAAUAAAAAUGAACGUAGAAAAGAUUCACCUUCUCUAGAUACUUCAGUGCAUUAUAUUCAGAUUAUUGACCCUAAGAAAGCACAGAAUUUAUCAAUUCUGUUACGUGCUCUGAAUGUGACAACAGUAGAAGUAGUUGAUGCACUAAACGAAGGUAACGAGAUUCCUGUGGAGCUUAUCCAAACAUUAUUGAAAAUGGCACCAACACAAGAAGAGGAACUGAAACUUAGGUUAUUCUCUGGAGAACUGUCUCAACUAGGUCCAGCUGAGAGGUUUCUCAAAGUACUGGUUGACAUUCCGUUCGCUUUCAAACGUCUCGAAUCUCUCAUGUUCAUGUUAAUUCUUCGAGAAGAGUCCUCAAGCAUCAAGGAUUCUUUCGAAACAUUAGAGGUUGCUUGCGACAAGCUGAGAAAAAGCAGGUUAUUCUUAAAAUUACUAGAAGCAGUACUCAAAACCGGAAACCGAAUGAACGAUGGUACAUAUCGCGGUGGUGCUCAAGCAUUUAGGCUCGACACACUUUUAAAACUCUCGGACGUAAAAGGAACAGACGGUAAAACAACGCUAUUACACUUUGUGGUUCAAGAAAUUAUACGUUCAGAAGGAAUAAGAGCAGUAAGAACCGAAAGAGCAAGCAGAAGCCUUUCAAGCAUAGGAACGGAGGAUGUAGAUUAUGAAAACGAAGAAUCAGAAGAACACUAUCGUAGCCUUGGACUUCAAGUAGUUUCAAGCUUAAACAGUGAACUUGAAGAUGUUAAGAAAGCGGCACUAAUAGACGGUGAUGCAUUGAGUACCGCGGUUUCGAAAAUCGGUCAUUCGUUGGUUAAGAGCCGGGACUUUUUGAACAAUGAUCUCAAGAAUUUGGAAGAAGAGAGUGAGUUUCAAAUCUGUUUAGAGAAGUUUAUGGAACAUGCGAAAGAAGAGGUGACGUUGCUUGUUGAAGAAGAAAAGAGGAUCAUGGGGUUGGUUAAGAGUACAGCAGAUUAUUUUCAUGGGAAUGCAGGGAAAGAUGAAGGGCUGCGAUUGUUUUUGAUUGUGCGCGAUUUUUUGAUAAUAUUGGAUAAGGUUUGCAAGGAAGUGAAAGAAGCUACAUUGAAGGCUAUGAAGGCUUCUAACAAGAAAGAAACUCCGUCACCGUCAGUGUCAGUUCCGUCUUCUCCGGAUACACGCCAACGGUCGCCGUUGCAGCAGCAGCAGUCUUCUGAUCUACAUAGGCGAUUGUUUCCGGCUAUUGCAGGGCGGAGAGUGGAUUACUCUAGCUCAGACGACGAUGAUGAUGAUUAG